AUGCCUUCGCCAUCGUUUCCGUCGGAUGAUCCGCGCAGCGUCGACACGCUCGGAGCACCAAAUUAUCCAUGCAGCUUGCGCCGCUUUGGGGCGCUUAGGCCUCUUUGCAUUGUUUGCACUUAUCGCAGCCUGGCUUUCAACAAUCUGGCACACGUUUUCUCUCAGCAGCGCAUAGCACUGAACCGACUUGCAGUAAUGAUUGAUGCAACGGGAGAAGCAGGGUCAAAGCGCCGCACGAAACUUUGUCAUUCUUCUCAAGGAUCAAAGAGACGAAAGCUUCCGGCCUCCAAGUUGCCCGUCAGCAUCAAGUCGUCUGGUACUACAGCAUCAGCAGCCACGCGGAUUGUCAUCCCUCACCAGUCCACCGUACUCGCUAGAGCAAGAGCACCGAUGUUGCACGCCUUCAAUGCGACUCUACCAACCGACAAGUUUCCGCCGCUGUCGGGCGACCACCAAAUCGAUAUUCAGGACUUGCAAGCUUUCCUCGAACACAUGUUUCGUCCGCAACUUCCAACAAGCUUCAAGCUGCAGAUAUAUCUAUGCAUCGGUAUCGUCAGCUUCCUGCUGGUCCUCUGUGCACCUAUCGUGCUUCAACGGCUCCUGUACAGACGAGCUUGGCUCUUCAAGCUGUGGCACGUCGGUGGCGGCACGUUUGUCAUCCCGAACGCGGUGCUCGCUUUUCUCCUCCUCGAAGCACUGUUCGGCAUGCUCUGGAUCGCAUAUGCCAUCAUCACACUUGAGCACUACCGAUAUCACAACUAUCAACGGUCCUAUUUCGCUUGGAGAACCCUCAUCUGGACCGUUCUGUGGACGGGCUGCUGGUGGACCAGUUUCGGCCUACUCAGCGCAUUUCCUGACGCUUUAACGCUCAAGACAAAAGGUCGCAGGCAGAAGAGUCUCAUCUUGAGUCCUGCGGUCUUCAACAUUGCGUGUUGGGGAGUGCCGUUGCUUCAGUACGCCAGCAUCCUGCCACUCGUCAUUAUUGACUCGAGAGACAACGCCUCCGUCGCCGCUGGGUUCGAGACAUGGCUCGACGACGUUCAGGUGGCGUUGAGGGGAGCCGUCCCCGAUGCCGUAUUUGCGCAACUAAGAUUACGCGCCAUGCAUCUUUGGCUUGACAUGACCGAGGUGUAUUGGUACUUUGGCGUCAUCAUGGCAUCCUUGUGCUGCUGGUCCAUCGUGGCUCUGUUGGUGUUUAUGCCGGUGGGUGCACACGUGCUCUUACGUAUCAGGCUGCAACUUCAGCUCGAAACUCUCAAGAUGCAGGCAGCAGGGGGUCGUCUAGUCGAUCGGAGGCUCGAAAGUGGAGUAGACAUCGACCAGGAUUCACCUGGCUUGCCGAGACGAAGCGAACGUUUCAGCGCUACAGCCAGCGGCUUGCCACCGCUACGAGAGCCAGCGCGGCCGUCCCCGAAUAGCAGACCUAGCUCGAGGACCGCUCGAGAGCGUCUCGUUCAAAACUUGAAGCGGCUCUUCAAGAAUCUGCUCGUUCAAUAUCUCGGUAUCUCUGUCGCCAUCCUCUGUUUCUUCUUUGCCUCGGGCAAGGACGCUCUGCAGGUGUACAGUGCCGCUCGCCGUAACGAUACGAUCAGGACCGAGACCCAGUCGAUCCUCUUCGCCGCCUGGACGAUGGUGGUGUUUGCGUCUUUGACCCUUUUCUGCACCUACCGGCGGUCCUUUGAUCCUUCGCUUAGCGUGGAUCUGUCGGACGAAGAGCCGUCAACUCUUGCUCCUCGCUCCGUUCUUGUGGGGCUGAGAACGCCCUUGUCACACUUGUGGAACAAAUGCUCGCAGAGUGCCGCAUCGAGAGUUGCCACUGAAGCAAGUGGGCUCGAGUGUCUAACAAUCCAGACUGGGAAUGAAGCUUCAUCCCGGCCGGCUUUGUUGAUCACCACUCCGACGCAAUCCACACUGUCUGUCGCAGCAGAUUCCUGCCAGUGUUGCUGGUCAGCUCCAGCUUCGGACCGUUCGGGAGACACCCUCGUCUCGUCGUCCAAGUCAUGCUUCAAGACAUCUUUGACUCAUAAAGUCGCGGCAGUUUCACCUGCCGUCGAAAUCUUUUUCGCCACUCCAUUUGGCAAGAUGCCUGCGGUACCGGCGUCAGCGCUACGCCCGCGAAUAAGGAGCUUCUCGAUGAACGCCACGGAUACAAGAAUUGCAUGCCUCGAUAUCGAAGAGGAGCUCGCACCCACUUCGUCCAACAGCAGUCCCGGGAAACAAGGAUAUCUGCGCAAAGAUUCGACGUCGAGCGUCAAGCGUCGCAGAUCAAAACGUUCAAGAUGCUCGAGCAUAUCAACGAAGAAUGCAGUGGUUUUAUCUGACCACGCGAGAGCGUUUGCGGGAUACGCACAGGUUGCAGCGAGCGGAUCCAACGCGCCACAGAAGGCCGAAUCGACACCAAUUCUCGCUAGGAGAAUUUCGACUGCAGAGGUCCGCUCAUCUCGUCGUAUUGCAGAUGCGGAAGAGAUGCACUUUGUUCCGCAGCUGGAUAUGGAGGCAAAGUGCUUUGUUCCGCCUGGCACGCUUGUCAAAGAAGACGAUAAGGUCAAGGAAGAUCAUGAAGGUUGA